UUGCUACUUGUUUCUGUGGUAAUUUGAGUACUUACUUAUAGUGCAGAUCCCGUGCUGCAGCACCAUCGACGUCGCAGGAUGCUGUAGAUCAUAGUGGCAGGAUGGUAGUACUUCCAUGGUAGAUUUUGAUUUGCCACUGCCGCAUUCGACUUGAUAGUGACUUGUUAUUGUAUAGGACAUCAGGUUGUAGAAAUACUCGUGACCACAUCUUUUGGCUUGAUCGGCUACUGACAUGGCACCUGAUUAACAAAGGAGCUUGCUGCUCCUCCUGAAAGUCGAUUCAGGAACCACUACAAGAACGAAGGACGAUAGCAACAAGCGACCCCGAGCGCAAGCCCAGCAUGGGCGUGCUGGGCUAUGAGAUCGCACAACUCCGUCUCCCCCUCAUUUGUCGUGAAAAUGCAUGAAUCUCGUCCGCAGUGUAGCAAUAGAACGCGGCUUUCGCAUGACAAGCUUACACAGAAGAAUCAUGCUGGUUCUGUUUGAGCGAACCUGCUAUGCAAACACUGCCAAGACGAGGCAGAGGGUGAGUUUGGCUUUUUGCAUGACAAAGAAGGGGAGGGGGAUUUGUGCACUCUCACACGGACAGCGGCACGACUACGACCACCACGGACGAGCCUGGAAUGCUGCUAUCCAUUGCAAAAGUCCUCAAUGGUACAGGCGUAUGCAUAAAAAUUUGUAUGACAAACUGUUCCAUCUCAAGGAAAACACAAUCUUUGUCGUUCUGAUUGAAUGUAGUUACGCGGCAUUAUUGUUGCAACUCCUAAAAAACUACGGGCAGAGUUCUAGUUAGUUGUAUACGUGCGAAGAUGUUGCACGUGCAGCUUUUGCUCUGGAUAGGAGUUGCAAUCGACGACUUCUGCCCGUCGCAGGGGCGGUUUGUUUGAGCAGCGGCUCGCAGAACGCGCGCAUGCCUACGGGGUGGCUGCCUUUGGCAAGCUCGGUGAGAUCUCCGCCACGAGGCCCGGCAGCGUGUACUGCUUUGCCUUGUUGCUGUUUCUGAUCUUCAGUCCGGGGCUAACGCUGGUGCCAAAAAUGACCAAGUACCGGGCCGAUGAGCUGUGGGUGGAUCAGGAUUCCCGGGCCAAGAUCACACAGAACUGGGUGGAGGCGAACUUCAGCCCGUACAGCAGGUUUGAGCGCAUCAUCCUCGUUUGCGAGCCGAACGACGGUGGAAUCUCCCCGACCGUUUCUGGGUUCGGUAACGUUUUGACGUCCGCCGGGUUGGCGAAACUGUGGACCGUCUACAACACGUACGAAGCGGAAAAACUUUCCCCAGCCCAUUUUUCAAAAAUUUGCAUUCCCGUUUCUAAUAGCCCAGCUAGUAGAAAACGUUCAGCAGCCCGCGAAGGUGGCCCCCUGCGGAUUGCCGGGGAAAGCCCGGGAUUAUGGAGGAGGCCCUGGGAAUCAUGGCGGAGGCCCGCGUGGGGCUGCGCGAAGACACCCGCAACGGGAGGGCCGAAUAAAUUCCGCACCACGAAGAUGUGGCGCGGGAAUGCGCCGCGUUUGGCACGGACGUGCUGGAGGGAUUGGGAAAAUGUAUUGGCUUGAUUUAGUGUUUUGCUAUUUUCGAAGAAAAAGGGGAAGCGUUUCGCUUCCACGGCCACAAACCUGGCCCGCAAACGACUGGGCGGUGGGCCUGGGGCCAGAAAUUGUAAUAUGCCGACUCAGCCCGUGUUUCGGGUCAUUACAAUUUCUGGCCCCAGCUCCGCAGUCCAGGCGAUUUUUGGGGCUCGGGACAGAAAUUGUGUAAAGCCCCCAAUUGUGGCUUCCUCGGCAGCAGCAAUAGCUCCUGCUAGCUGGUCAAAAGCAAGGGCUUUUUCCGGCUACUUGCUGGCCACCGAUCGCGCGCGACAAGAAGAGGGACGAAGAAGCCCGGGGCGCGCAGGCAGCUUCAUACUGUGAAGCAAGGCGUGAACGGCUUGGCCUAGCUGCGUGUGUUGCGGCGACCAUUCCGAGAAGGACGUUCCGGAGGUACUUAGUCGGCCCCACAGAGAAGGAUACCCAAGCUGUACAGCAACGAGAGCGCCAUAGUGUCGGGGAGGGGAGGGAUCGACCAGCGCUAUCUUUGAAAAUUGGGUUGGCGAAACUGUGGACCGUCUACAACACGAUUACCAGUGUGAAGUCCAGCAGUCAGAAGUCCUUUGCAGAUCUUUGCACGCGACGCGCUGACGACCUAUCAAAUGCAAAAAUGUCUGGGCCUGGAAGAUUGGUAGGUUUGUCAUGCAGGUUUUCCUUGACCCACGCGGUCUGCCAUGCACGGCCUAGCAUGACAGGUUCUGUGAGAUCUCUAUCAGGCCGCUCUUGCAUGAGAAACUGCCUCUAAACUUGUUCAAAAGUGGACCUCUUUUGGUAAUCAUGCAACACAAAUUUUUCCACGAUCCAGAUGCAGCAUGACAAGUUACACUCUUCCAGACCGCCCAGACAUAUUUGCAAUGCAUACGACCCAAGCCGGUGCUAUGUGGAGGGCGUCGUGAACUUUUGGCGGCAGAACUUCACGGAAUUUCAGCUGUCGGCCACCAAGGUCGCGGACGCCAUGGUGGACUACUACCCAGGGUCGGUGCAGCAGGUUUACCGCAAUGACAUGAUUUUCGGGUACCAGACGACGCCGACCCCGUUUGCUUUCGGGUUCCAGCUCGGGGUGUUCUUGAACGACGACGAUGCAAAUGAGGACGACAAUCUGUCCUGGGAAAAAAACUACCUGGACGCCAUGGAAAUGCUUGACGAGGCCGAAAAAGCAGUGCAUUCUGGGUUUCGGGUACUUAAGUACAUAAAUUAGAAGUCAGUAACCUGUUGGUUGCAUGAUUUUUUUAGAAGAUGAACAAAAAAUAUUUCAUCAAACGUCUACUCAGAUCUACCGCGAGUCUACUCGAACGCUUGACGACGAACUGCUGCGGUCCGUACGAGGUGAUAUAUUUCUUAACGUCUUGAGCUACACGCUGAUGUCGAUUUACUGUGGGAUCAUGCUGUCUCGCAAGCCGCAUCCGAAGCUGUACGACUUCAGCCGGGCCUACUGGUGGAAGGUCGUCCGCAUCGGCAGCCGGGGUGUAUUGGCCACCUUGGGCGUGUUUGUGGUUAUCCUCUCCACCAUUAUCGGGUACGGAUUCUGCUUGUACUGCGGCGUGUACUUCGUCAGCUUACACCAGGUGCUGCCGUUUAUCCUGCUGGGGAUCGGGGUGGAUGACAUGUUUAUCCUGGUGAAUGCCUUCGACAGUUUCCCGGACCUUCCCCCGAAGGAACGAGCCAGAAAGGCGCUGGAAAAGUGCGGCAUGACCGUCACCCUCACCAGUUGGACGGGUUCCGCCGCGACCGCAUGUUGCAGGAGGCCCGGGAGCGGAAAUUGCAAGCGGAGUUGCUGCAGGAGAAAAAGUUUGAGACCAUCCGACUGGCGCGCAGCAACAACGUGCUCGCCGCGUCGGAGGGGCGAGGAUCGCAGAAGGGGCUGAAGCUCGAAAAUUUGAUUGAGCGCUGUUCCGUGUGGGAGAAGCGACGGGCCCGCUGGCGCGAGGCGAAACGAGUCGAGAAGGAAACGCAGGAGGAAAACAGCUGCAGUUUCGCGCCCCGGCCGCUGUCGAGGAAGAGCGAAGAAUUACUAAACAACAGCGGCAAGCAGACGUGGGCGCAGCGCAACAGCGCGGCGGUACGGAAGUUUAUGGACCGCCAGCUGCAGGUGGGUGAGGUGUUGCAGGCAGCUCGGGACCAGCAAGAGGAGAAAGAAACGAAGGAGGCUUUCGCCGCUGGGCAGGAGGAAAUUCUCAAGCUGAGAAAUGCCUCGCUGUACAGCGGCACAGGAGGCCGCGGGGGUACAGCACAACCACUAAAGCCUCCGGAAGGGGGUGAGGAAGCAAAAAAAGAUUGCUCAUCUUCUCCUGCGAAUGUUACGAAUGGUGCGACGCAAGACCAAGAAAGCAGGACCCUAAGUCCUCACGACCGUGGCAUCUCUUCUAAGAACGCAAUGUCUCCUGUAGCCCUGCAUCGGGCUUUUCGCCGCAUUCAGCAGCUGCAGCCACUGAAGAAAUCUGCGGAGGUGACGAGCAGGCAAGAACUGCACCGCAAUGACGACUACGAACUGACGUUUCAGCCGAAAACGCGGGCGGGGCGGUACUUUUAUACCCGCCGGGGCGAGGCUGAUGACAAUAAAGAGCAGGAUCAACAUGUUGGGAGUCGUGCAGCGGAGGUAUUGCCAAUCUUCGAAAGACUCAUGUAUAGGCACCUUGAUGAUCUGCAAUUAUCUACUCUAGAUGUUCUUGCAGACGCUGAUGCUGAUCUGGAGGAUUGAAGCGAGGUACUAAGUUCAACUUCGAGUCUGCGGCAGAACAAACCAGCAGCAGGAGUCCCGGUAAUAUUGAACAGACAGAGAAGUGGUCAUUCUUCGAACUGAAAAAACAAGUGCUAGCCGCUCGCUAGCGAAGAGUUUCCCGUUGCACCAAUGCCACCACCAGCAUCUCCAGUACAUGUACAUUAUCAAUGUCAAUGUUCCACUUUUCUACAUAGGCGCACGAAAUUUGAUGCAGGUGCCGUGCGUAUUUGUUGUGAACAUCCGCCACUCUCCGGGUCCUCGGGCGCCACUGUUCUAUGCCUCCUUCCAUUAGAUCAAUUUACGAAAAAGUCAAAGAUGAAGCUUUUCAGAUCCGCGUCGGCUCCGCAAACUGAUCAUAAAAAUAAUGCUGCGAUUCGUGAUCUUCAAAUCGACAAAUCUUUCUACGUUUUUGGUUCCAUAAUUGCGACGGUUCAAAAUAAAAAGCACCGCUGUCCUGUUGAGGAUCAUCUACUUGAGCGUGCUGUCGGUUGUAUAUCGGUGUCGGUUGAUGUGUAUGGAGUUGACAGCAGUUCUACAACUCUUCCUCUUCUUUGAGAAUUGAAGAGAUCAGAAUUGUUCUCGAUAGACGAAAGCGAUAAAUGUUGAUGAGGAAAUGUUGUAUGUUGAUGCAUUUUUUUAGGCGUGCCACUUCUUGUGUCUGAUCAUCAAUUUCGGAGUCAGGUAUUUCUGAUCUUCUGUACUGGCUUAGAGGUCAAAUAAAACCAGGUGAAGUUCUUUAUGGCGAGUAUAUCAUCCGACUUUUACGAUUUCAAUUUCUCCACAAGUAGUUAUUGUAUUAUUUGAGGUUUUUUACACGCACGACACGGACACACAGGACAGCUACGACUUUCUUUGCUUUGCAAUCAAGGGAAUUUUAUUUCGAAACCGCUCUCACUAACCGUAACCAGCGUGAUCAGGUGGAAUAGUAUAGUGCCUUUGAGUUCUUCUUCUUGGGUCAAGCAGAGAAUUUGAGAACUAUCAAAGAGAAGGUCAUGCUUCAGAAGUCCCUCACCAUGAAGAAAAUGUCCGUCGCUCCUGCGCCUCGGAGUGCAGCAGCUUUUUGCGCGCUGGUCGUAACAGCAUUCUGUGGGUGGUCCUCGUUUUCUUGCGUGACGAGCGCUCGCGCAGUCCGUGCCAGUAGCGGGCAGCAGCAAGCUCAUUUGGAACAGGUGCCAGACCACGUUUUAGCCGUGAUCGACAAAGGCGCACGGGAUAAGCAUCCGGACUGGUCCGAAUUGAUUUCACUUUUGAAAGUCAUGUUUUCCGGCCGCCCCCAGCUAGGGGCCGCCGAGCUGAAUGAAGUCCGAGACCGGGUGUUGCCGGAGGCCAUCAGUCGUUCGUGGAACGUUGAACCGGGACAACCGAUCACGCUGGUCGAAGAAGGUUUGACCCGGUGGCAACUUUUUUUUCAGGCGUGGCGCAGAUGGAAAGAGGGUGAGGCCGCGACAAGACCAAGAGGACGCGGCGGGCCCCGAGAGAUUGUUUCGCCUCUUGCCGGAGUAAGCCGGCGCUUUCGCGGCGAUGCUUUUUCGGUGCGCCAGCCGCGGUCACUUGGGGCGUUCUUCUCGGAGGAGUUUUUCGCCACCUCGAGCGAGUACACGGCCAACGCUGCGAGUCAGGAGUUCGCUUCCGCGUUUCUCGCCACCUUCGAAGACGCGCUCGCGCGGCCGAACGCCGCAAGCUACGUGGAUGGAGCCAGCGUCUUCUUCAACGGGAACUCGCACCCGCCAACUACCGGGGGGCUGAACUACGGCUUUAUUCCUACUGAUACUGAACAGCAUUGGGAUUGGCCGGGCUUCCCCAAUCCGCCCACCUUGCUCACCUAUGGGACUCUCAAACGUAAAUAGCGUUACAUUGUUUGCUGUUUACAUGAUGAUGAUUUUAUACUUGUCCUUUGUCAUGCAAAGUUAUCAGCAGCCAGCUGCAGCAUGAGCAGCCACACGACAAGCUACUUCGCAUGUUGACACGUUCAUUCUCGACGUGCCAAGUAGCAUAGAAACUUGUGCCGAUUUGUAAAGCGGCGAGACGGACAAGCUUUAAUUCCUCCGUCCUUGCUGCGCCUUUACUAUGGCAUAUAUGUUGCAUCACGCAGUGUUAUCUUAUGUAGCGUUUGAGAACUCCAUACCACCAGCGUCUUGGUUCGGCCGCCCAACUGCGGGAUGAAUAUGGAAUAUGGCCUUCUGAAGAUUUCUGCCCUGCGUGUGCAGCAUGCGAAUAUCCGCAGGUCGGGUCUGCUCUUGCCUGCCGCGGGCGGCGCGAAUGCAGCAGCAAUUGGACGAAGGGCUGUGCCGAUGACCGUCCUGGAAUUCCGGUUGUGCACCGCUUCUGCAGCGGACAUGAUGACCAGCACACGAGGCAGCUCGACUUCCAUCUGGUGUGAGCUGCUGCAAGAGAAUCACUUUGCUCGCCCGACCGUUCGUUUCAAAGUGGAGCCAAGCAGGGAUGACGAAACUCGAAAGGUGCUCGCGGGCCAGUACGACCUCGAGCUCGCACUUACAGUGUACCUAAGGUAAGUAGCUAGAGAAUUACGUGUGGUGGAUGACUUGUUUUGUGCAUUACUAAAUCAAGCUCACCAUCUUCCCGUCGGAGGUUCUAUUUGCGGUUUGUCCGAGGACCACCAUGGGUCAUUGAAAAAAGUAAAAGUAUGCCAUGAUUCAUGUCAAUCGCUAUAGUAUUCUUGUAGUACCUCCUGAUAUAAUGAAUGGAGGUUCAUGUAGGUAAUGUUCCUAGCUACAUUACGUGUGGUAGAGGUGGAAUUCGUUUAUAUAUCUGUCUUCGUUUAAAGUUAUUGCACCGAUGUUGUAGACACGUGACUGACAACUAGGGUUGUGUAUUUUUCUGUGAUUUGUGCUAAUCAGAAUUGGAAGACCAUGCAGAUUUAUACUUUGCAAAAAUUCAAAGCCAUUGCACCGAUGGACAGCAGGACAAGUGAUUGCAGUAAUUGGGUAUGCUCAUCCGUUCACUUCAAAUUAAAAACACAUGCUAAAAACACAGCAAGCAAGGUUAUCACGCGGACUGCAAGCGGUAAAAAUUAAAAUGGAGUAUAAACAAACCAAGUUUUGGAAUCAAAAAAGCGGUAUGAACAAAUCAAGUUUUCGAAUGUGGAACUCGCAAAAACAAAUCAAGUUUUGGAAUGUGGGACUCGGAAACAUAGUUUUCUCAUGUGAAAAAUCAAGAAGAAUGCAUGACAAAUUGAUUUCGAUUACGGUCAGGAACUGAACUAGUAUGUAUUGUGUAUUCGCAUUUAUUUUGUUUUUGAGUCGCGAGAUGAAGGAGCAUGAAUUUGAAGAUCAUAAAAGAAAAAAGAAUGCCCCCAUGCCUACUACUUCAAAGUCCCACCGCACGACCAUGAAGAAAAUAUCCGUCUCCAUUGCGAGCGCAGCUUUUUGCGUGCCUUGUCGUAACAAGGCCAGGUAACUACGGAUGUUCGAGCGGGUUCACCACGUCCUUCCUCCGACUCCUGUGAGGCAGCAUCUACUAAAAACACUACAGAGACGAGUCGAAGUGUGUGUUGUCAUGAGAUUAUUAUGAGAAAAUUGUUUGGAGAGAGGAAGUAUAGCUAGAAGGAGAGCGUUCUUUUCAGCUCGGUCAUUAUUUCCAUUUCAAGGAAAUGGAAAUGCAACAAACUGGCAGCCGUAAGUCCGCCGGUUCUGCAGCACUAGUACGAGUUGUUUGUUUCCGACGAGCAGCAUCCACCUUCACGGCGAGCCAUAUCUUCUUCAUGGAUUAGUCUACGUUCCUUCUUUAUACUAGUUUCACUGUUGCUACUUGUUUCUGUGGUAAUUUGAGUACUUACUUAUAGUGCAGAUCCUGUGCUGCAGCACCAUCGUCGCAGGAUGCUCUAGAUCAUAGUGGCAGGAUGCUAGUACUACCAUGAUAGAUUUUGAUUUGCUACAGUCACAUGUUGACAUUCGACUUGAUAGUGACUUGUUAUUGUAUAGGACACCAGGUUGUCGUUGUACUCGUAACCACAUCUUUUGGCUUGAUCGGCUACUGGCAUGGCCCCUGAUUAACAAAGGAACUUGCUGCGCCUCCUGAAAGUCGACUCAGGAACCACUACAAUAAGGACGACAGCAACAAGCGACCCCGAGCGCAAGCCCAGCAUGGGCGUGCUGGGCUAUGAGUUCGCACAACUCCUCCUCUCCCUCAUUCGUCGUGAAAAUGCAUGAAUCUCCGCAUUGUAGAAAUAGAAUGCAGUUUUCGCUGCAUGACAAGUUUACAGCACAGGAGAAUGCUGGUUCUGUAUCUGUUUGAGCUGCCGAAACCUGGGAUGCAAACACUGCCAAGACGAGGCAGAGGGUGAGUUUGGCUUUUUGCAUGACAAAGGAGGGGAGGGGGAUUUGUGCACUCGCACACGGACAGCGGCACGACUACGACCACCACGGACGAGCGUGGCAUGCUGCUAUCCAUUGCAAAAGUCCUCGAUGGUACGUGUGACAAACUCUUCCAUCUCAAGGAAAAAAUGAUUUUCAUUUUUUCGUUCUGAUUGAAUGUUCACGCUGCAUUAUUUUUGCAACUCCUAAUAAAAAACUACGGGCAGAGUUCUAGUUAGUUGUAUACGUGCGAAGAUGUUGCACAUGCAGCUUUUGCUCUGGAUAAGAGUUGCAAUCGACGACUUCUGCCCGUCGCGGGGGCGGUUUGUUUGAGCAGCGGUUCGCCGAACGCGCGCAUGCCUACGGGGUGGCUGCCUUCGGCAAGCUGGGUGAGAUCUCCGCCACGAGGCCCGGCAGCGUGUACUGCUUUGCGUUGUUGCUGUUUCUGAUCUUCAGUCCGGGGCUAACGCUGGUGCCAAAAAUGACCAAGUACCGGGCCGACGAGCUGUGGGUGGAUCAGGAUUCCCGGGCCAAGAUCACACAGAACUGGGUCGAGGCGAACUUCAGCCCGUACAGCAGGUUUGAGCGCAUCAUCCUCGUUUACGAGCCGAACGACGGUGGAAUGUCCCCGACCGUUUCUGGGUUCGGUAACGUUUUGACAUCCGCGGGGUUGGCGAAACUGUGGACCGUCUACAACACGAUUACCAGUGUGAAGUCCAGUAGCCAGAAGUCCUUUGCAGAUCUUUGCACGCGACGCGCCGACGACCUAUCAAAUGCAAAAAUGUCUGGGUCUGGAAGAUUGGUAGGUUUGUCAUGCAGGUUUUCCAUGACCAACGCGGUCUGCCAUGCACGGCCUAGCAUGACAGGUUCUGUGAGAACUCUAAACUGCCUCUAAACUUGUUCAAAAGUGGAACUCUUUUGGUAAUCAUGCAACACAAAUUUUUCCACGAUCCAGAUGCAGCAUGACAAGUUACCUUCUUCCAGACCGCCCAGACAUAUUUGCAAUGCAUACGACCCAAGCCGGUGCUAUGUGGAGGGCGUCGUGAACUUUUGGCGGCAGAACUUCACGGAAUUUCAGCUGUCGGCAACCAAGGUCGCGGACGCCAUGGUGGACUACUACCCAGGGUCGGUGCAGCAGGUUUACCGCAACGACAUGAUGUUCGGGUACCAGGCGACGCCGACUAUUACAAUGAAAUAUGCCCCCACCCCCGAACUUGGGAGCAUUUGUAUUGCAAACCUUUCCAAAUGAAACAUUCGCCCUCUUGCAUCUAUCAGCAUCACAGGUUUCCAAUCGUGAAUAGCAAAAAUUUGUAUUGCAAAAGACCCCAGCAAGAGCGGCGCUUGUCAUGCAAGCGAUACGAUACACGACUAGACUCUGCAUCACAAAGAUUCAUACUCCUUCCAUGUAUGGCAAAAAGUUCUUAUUUGGAAACUUCGCAUCACAAAUUUUUGCAAGUUUGGGGGUGGGGGCGUUUUUCCCUGCAAUACCGACCCCGUUUGCUUUCGGGUUCCAGCUCGGGGUGUUCUUGAAUGACGACGAUGCAAAUGAGGACGACAAUCUGUCCUGGGAGAAAAACUACCUGGACGCCAUGGAAAUGCUUGACGAGGCCGAAAAAGCAUCCUAUUCUGGGUUUCGGGUACUUAGUACAUAAUUAGAAGUCAGUAACCUGUUGGUUGCAUGAUUUAGAAGAUCAUGAACAAAAAAUAUUUCAUCAAACGUCUACUCAGAUCUACCGCGAGUCCACUCGAACGCUUGACGACGAGCUGCUGCGGUCCGUGCGAGGGGAUAUAAUUCUCAAUGGCUUGAGCUACACGCUGAUGUCGAUUUACUGUGGGAUCAUGCUGUCUCGCAAGCCGCAUCCGAAGCUGUACGACUUCAGCCGGGCCUACUGGUGGAAGGUCGUGCGCAUCGGCAGCCGGGCCGCAUUGGCCACCUUGGGCGUGUUUGUGGUCAUCCUCUCCACCAUUAUCGGAUAUGGGUUCUGCUUGUACUGCGGCGUGUACUAUCAAAUGCAAAUAUGUCUGGGUCUGGAAGGUUGGAAGAUUUGGCAUGCAGGUUUUUCAUGACGCGUGAGGUCUGUCAUACAUGACCCAGCAUGACAGAUUCUGUCCGACCUCUAUCAUGCCUCGUCUGCAUGAGAAACUCCCUCUCAGCUUGGUCAAAAGUGGACAGCUUUUGGGAAUCAUGCAACACAGAUUUUAGCACUAUCCAAAAUUAGCAUGACAAGUUGCAACCUUCCAGACCCAGACAUAUUUGCAAUGCAUAUGUACUUCGUCAGCUUACACCAGGUGCUGCCGUUUAUCCUGGUGGGGAUCGGGGUGGAUGUAUCACAGGAAAAAAGUGUUACAGUUGCGCAUUUGUUGGAAUUUCAGCGUCACAAAGUUGCUCCGCAUGGCAAAGAAAACUUGUAAUGCGCAGACAUUAAGAGAAAACACAAACGAAAUGACGCUGGCAAGCAUUUCCUGCAAGACAGAGGCUGUCUGUCUUGCUUGUCUUGCAUCAGACGAGUGGGUAACUGUGACGCUUUUUUCUCACGAUAGGAUGACAUGUUUAUCCUGGUGAACGCUUUCGACAGUUUAUCAAAAGGAAAAAUCCCCCCUCCCCAUACUCAAACCACAAAUUUGUGAUGCAGAUUUGUGGUCACAAAUCAGCUUCGUCAUGCUAGAAGGGAAAAGAUGCGGACUGUAGUGCGGGUUGCCGUGCGAAAGCCUUGCAUCUUCAGCAUGACAGGGGGCAGCUGGAAGUCGGAAACAGCAUGACAAAUUGCCUGCAAACGAGGCCACAGCUGCGUCUCUUGGCCUUCUAGCAUUACAAGUCGAUUUGUGUACUCAAAUACAGCAUCACAAAUUUCGUUUUCGAUAUGGGGAGGGGGGAUUUUUCCUUUUGAUAGAGUUUCCCGGACCUCCCCCCAAAGGAACGAGCCAGAAAGGCGCUGGAGAAGUGCGGCAUGACCGUCACCCUCACCAGUUUGACAAACGUGGUGGUCUUUCUGUUCGGAGCCACGUUCAGCUACCCCGCUGUGCAGUAUUUCUGCAUCUACGCCGCCAUGGCCAUCUUUUUCAACUACGUGCUGCAGUGCACGCUUUUCACGGCCUUUCUGGUGAAGGACCUGCAACGCCAAGAGAAACGGUUGCAGGACGGCAUGUGCGCGGCUUUUCUUCCGAGUGUUUGCUUAGCAACGAACGGCGGUAGUGAGGCGCGCUGCAGCGACUCUACUUCCGGCACAGUAUUAUGCUGUGGACGACCGCUGCUGACAAGUGGGCAAGUGGAAGAGAUUCGGACAAUAACUGCAAGAACAACUUCUACGCAGACCAGCGAACAGCGGGCGGAGGCAAAAAUCUUAGAGAAAGGAAGUGGAACAGCAACUUCUACCGAUAGAACGAAUAAUGAGGGUUUUUUUGAAGAAAGCGCAGGAGGACAGGUAGCCGCCCCUGAUAUCGCUCCUCCUCAGGACCACGAAAGAAGUGACGGUCAAGAUGAAAUGAAGACCGCUAAAAUAAAUGAUGCAGUAGCUGUAGCACCAGUCUCCACGGUUCUCUUCGCGUCCUAUGACGACAGCAAUUUUCGCCCCUUCAUUCGAAGAUGUUACGCCCCGCUCCUGACCCUGCCGGUUGUGAAGCUGUUGGUCUGCGUUGUUUUCUUCGGGUACUGCGGCUUUAGCAUCUACUGCAUCACAAACGUAACCAAGGACUUUGACUUGAAGGAACUCUGUCUAUCCAAGAAAAAAAGAUUGUAGGUGUAACUUUCUUGGAGGAACACCAUGACAAAUCCGUCUGACAUGAGAGCAAAAAUCUGUCAUGCGCAGAUAGUACGGAAAAACGCCAUUGAACGGACCCUCCAAUGCAUGCCCAGCAUGACAGACGCAGUCAUCUUACAUGUUGCGCAUCACAAAUUUACACUAGCAACGUUUUUUUCUUGGAUACUGUCCCGACGAGAGUUACUACCGCGACAUGCUAGAGAUCACCGACCAGAUGUACGAAAUGAGCGGGAAGGGACGACUCAACUUUGGCCUCUACUACACGCAUGACCAUUCGCAACUUGAUUCCCAAAACGUUAUGAUCGAGCACGAAACCACGGUCCGGCACCUGAAAUACGUGGAAAGCGACGAAGUGACCUCGUGGUUCCGCGCCUUCCGGCAGUAUUGCGUGACCAACGGCACGGUGUGCGCGCAGGAGAAGGUGCCGGGGAUAUCGUAUGUAGUGAGGUCACCGAACGGUUCUAACCAGGGAGUUUUUUUGACAUAUACCCUGAAAAACGACCGGCAGUUUUGAAGCGGCCGGAAGUGUUUUUGAGCAUAAAAAGUUUUCACUUAUCAAGCGGCCGGGGCGUUUGCGGCAAAAAAGCCCGAGCGGAUUCUAUCGGUUCCCGCUUGAUAAAACGACGCAGGGGAGCCGGCAAAAGGGGCGCCCUUCUGAGGCGCCCGCCGCCUUAGUUUCUGGCGAUUUGGGGAGCCCAAAAAGGGGCGCGUAAAAAACGCACCCAAAAUCAGAACAGCGAAACAGCGUGGCACGGCCGCGAUUUCGGAGCAUUUUGGGCGGCCGCGAAAGCGGCCGCCUUUUCGCCGGUUUUAGAGCCUGGGAAGCUUUGCAAAAAGCGCCGGCGUGAAAAAUAAAAACGCGAAAAAUAAAAAGCGCCCCAGACGCGCAAAGCCAAUCCGCAUGCUAUGGGCCCGGUUUUUCUUCGCUUUUUGAGCGCCCCCCGUGGCACCCGGAUCGGCCCCAUAGCGUCGGGGCUGGCUUUCGGAGAGGAAUUUUGGAAGUGUGCCAAAAUUUGUGACGUUUCCCAGGUGGCCGCAAUACCGUGCGGCAUAACGUUAAUCACGGCGGUAUGGCGAGCCCAGAAGAAGCAAAGCCGCGGCCAAGGCGGCGGUCGGCAAAAAAACGCCCACGACCUCACUACCCCCGCCCCGGCGGCUAUAUUUGGUAAGGAAAAAUCCCUCCUCCCCAUACUGAAAAGGUAUGUUUGCGAAAAUUUGUGUUGCUGAUUCGAGGUCACAAACCACAUUUGUCUUGCAAGAAGACAAGGGCAGCAGCUUCCGCCCUAUUAUGGAAGCGAUUUGUCAUGCUCUGGGGCCUAAAGGGGAGCCGUUUGCCAUGCUGAGCAACUAGACCCAUAGGCCCCUACCUAGCCUGGGGAUCUGGCCGCAGUGCCUCUCUGCAGUACAAAGCUGAUAGAUUCGUGUACAGAAAUACAGCAUCAGAAAUUCCGUUUUGAUAUGGGGAGGGGGGAUCUUUCCUUUCGAUAGGGGAGUGCCGUGGUUCCGCACGGCGAUCCCCGGUUGUUCGGGAACUUGGUUUUUAA